AUGACCAGUGAAAUGGAGAACAGUCUCAGUCUUUCGACAGGAACGAAAACUUCAAAGAGCAAGAAAAAAGAAAAGAAAGGAAUUCUCAGAAGUUUAUCAUUUCAGUUCAGCAGUUCAUUAAACAAAAGAAAACAAAAGGUAUCGGAAGCGAACAACACUGCUGACCAAAAUGUCCAGCAAACACCACCAACGAGUGAUUACCAAGCACAUGAAGUUGACGACAAAUCGAUGAAUCACUCGAAUCAAGGUGUGCAAUGUUAUGGACAUUUACUCAAGCAAUACAAACGACGUAAUCGUUCCGCUUGUUGGAACAAACGGCAAAUGCACACCACAUCGAAUGCUCAAUAUUUCAGGUUCUUCAUUUUGAAGGAAUGUUUCCUCAUUUACUAUAAAGCUUCAAUGAAGAAAGUUUUCGAGAAAACGCGACGAAUUGGUCUCCAUCCAAAGGGUAUAAUUCCACUGGUUGGAUGCUCAAUAGUGCCAGGUCAGGAUCACGGACACAAGCACUGUCUGCUGAUAACACAUUCUCAGUUCAAGGCAGCCAUAAUUGUGUGUGCCAAUGACGCAAAAACACAAGACAUGUGGCUGAAAGCUCUUCGAGAGGCCACAAAUAUGUCAGUUUCGUUCAAUUCUCUAGGCCAAAAUCUUGAGGUGUAUGCUCUCACUAUGGCAAUGUGA